UUAUGUAAAUUUUUUUGUGGCACAAUAAGGUGAUGCAGCAUCAAGUAAGAGUAGUAGUCUUUUAGCGGCGCUCCUGAAGUAUGCGUACCAGAUGGCGGACACUGGAACAUAGUAUGUGUACCAGACACCAAAAUACCAGUAUAAUUAGAGAAGACUAUAUAUCUUAUCUGACUGGCCAUUUGGCUGAAGAAACUGCGAAAUGGAAUUGGCAAGAUCUACUGAUCCUUUCAUACCAGAUUUAGAAUACCUACUCAAUUCUGUUCAGUAUAUGAAUCCUGUGAAGAAAUCUUGCAAAAAAGAAAACAAGUUGGAUGACGAAAUUCCAAAUUUCAGUGAAGCAUAUCUCGGACCACAAAUAUGGAACAAUACUAUGGGAGACGAUGAAAUGAAACUGGGACAAAUAGAUUUGGAAGAACUCAUGAAUGAGAACAACUUAAAUAAAGAGUUGGACAUUUCCUUGCUCUCGUCUCCACAAGAAUCUGGAUCCAAAAAUGAUAUUCCGGAUCAAAAUCUUGGUUCGAAUAAAGAAAAAGAAAAAACAUUAGAAGACCAAAGCCCCGAUUUUCAUGCGGCUUAUCUCGGACCCCAAAUCUGGAACAAUGCCCAGUGCAUUGACGGUGAAAUGAAAUUGGAACAAUUGGAUUUGGAAGAACUUCUUGAUGACAGUGAUUUGAACAGAGAAGUUGAUAUUACUUUGCUGAAUUUACAACAAGAAUCCGGUUUGAAAAAUGAUCAUGUAACUCAUAUUGGCAAAGAAAGUGAAGAUGAACAGUAUGCCUUGAUUGACUCCCGAGACAAGGUCCAUUCCCCCUAUCUCGCUAAUUCUCCCCAGUUCACACAAUUCAACAAUGUGUCGUACAACCAACAGUCUCCCACCCACACUAUCCCCAUGUCCCCUGGGUUGGAUGUAGCUCUCCCACCUGUCCCACUUUGCGAGUUGGAGCAAAAGUCUACCGACUGUCUCCAGUUUGAGGCUGAUGGAAUGGAUACAAUGUCGAAAGAGGGAGAUAGUGAUUCAGAGUCUUUUGACCCUUGCAAGAGAUCUUUCACUGAUGAUGAGUUGAAACCGCAACCUAUUAUAAGAAAAGCAAGGAAGGUCCAUGUGCCAGAUGAUUGCAAGGAUGAGAAGUAUUGGCAGAAGAGGGUGAAGAACAAUGUUGCUGCGAAGCGUUCUCGUGAAGCGAGGCGUAUCAAAGAAAACCAAAUUGCGAUGAGGACCAAGUUCUUGGAAAAAGAAAAUUCCAAUUUGCAUGGCGAAGUGAAAGCGCUCAGGGUUGAACUGCAAAGGCUGAUGGACAUUGUCGCUAAGUAUGAAAAGUAGGAUGCCAUCGCCAACUCUACCAGAUGAACUUUGACGCUGUUUUGUUUAAAUGCUCACAUCUCUAUCAUUUUUUCUGCUUGUUUGUUGUAAAUAAAAUAACAUUUAUGUAAACCAUUAAAAACUACAUUGUGGAGCUUAAAUGGAAUUAGUCUCGGAAGCAUGUUUCAUCGAUGGCUAUUUAUUGUCAUUUUUAGUAUUUAAAUUGGGGAAAAACAAUUAUUUGUCAAAAAUUUGCAUAGAAAAUUUAACUUUCCUAUUUUAAAGCGUUGUCUUAUUAUGCUUAUUAUUAGAAAAUUCGUCACAUACUGAAAAGAUAAAUUAAAUUGCUUGUUAAGAAAUCAUAUAUAACACCAUAAUGGGCCCCAUGUGUGGUAUUGGGUAUUGGAAAAAAACAAGCAUUUUUACCAAAUAUAACUAUGGUGUUAUGGGAUUUUUAGGUAGUACAUUCGCACCUAUCUUUGUAGUUGAUUAUACUGUAUCAAUAUUCUGUAUAUAUUUUGUAUUUUUGCAAUAUUUUGCAAAUAUACAAGCAAUAUUUUGAUUAUUUUGUAUAUUAAUCAAUACUGAUUAAUAUUGAAAUAUCCAUUUAAUGAGUUUUCAGAUUCAGUCGUGUUCGAUUGUUUGCUUUCCAAAUGAAUCCUAAAUUUAGGAUAGUUUUGCGAUAUUAUUAUACAGUUUCUGUAUUUGGGCUCGUUAGUAUCCAAAAUAUUAAACAAAUUAAUAUUACUAUACACUCCUUAAACUCUAGCUGACAGGGAAACUCAUUCCCGAAUUCUUUUUUAUAUAAUCCAAUUUGAUUUUAUCAUUGGUACGAAUCUAAUGGAAAUACGUAAUACCAUCGGAUGUGGAUUAGUCAUAACAGGAAGAAUUAAAAAUUGUUGGUUAAAUAUUAUUUGGCUUUUUUUGAUUGCCCAAAAUAGAACUAAUAUUAAGAUACAUGAUACAUAGACAGUUAAUUUUGAUGUAUUGUUUAAAUCGGUGUUCUUCUGACUUUUUUCAUCAGGACCCACUUGGCACGACCAAAAAAGUAAAAUAAUAAAAAAAAUAUUUAAAAAAAAUAAUUGACAGUAGCAGACAACACUGAUGUGCUUGCAUAUUUUGCGCAAAAAAAUCGAAUUCUGGGUCUAUUUGGGUGAUGGUGGGUCUCUGUAUUGGUUCCAUCUUUCAAAUUUGAUUGAUAUUUCAUUUCAACAUGGGUAGUUAAGUAUCCGUGGCCCCCUUUUCAAAGAAUCUCAAUCCUCCUAUCCCGUGCUCUUCCAUAAAAAUACCUAGAUGUGCUUCGAAAGUGACUUAAAAUUAUCAGAAAGUGUUAUGAGUGUAUAUGCUCUGGCAAAACAUGGUAUGGCAUCUGCCGGUCCUUUUACCUUUCAAUGGGAUCAUAUUUAUUUGUGCCGUUAUUCAUCUCCUCUCCCAAAGAUAGAAACUAAAUUUGCAUUCCAGGGCUUACCAGGUUUUUUGUUGUUAAUAUUGUAUCUCAUCAUAAUUUUUUUGUUUACAAUGAUCAUGUCCUUUGAGAAAAAUACUUUCUGAAUUGGGUUUAUUGUUGUUAAAUUUCAUAAAAUUGAUGGUAGAAGUAAAUACAGUAAAUUAUCCCAGCCUGAAAAGGAUAGUGCAGGCGAGCAUGUGCGGCCAGAGAAAAUUUUCAACCAAUUCCGGGUUUGAAAAAAUUUUUGCUUUGAGAAAAUCAAUUCAGAAUUUCGCACCAUUGGAAUUGUUAAUAUUAGCGUUGACACCCCAAAAACAUGUAAAACUCCAUAGCCCAAACAAUCAAUGCGAUUUGAAUGGUUUUUUCAAUGUUGGAAAUUCUUCUCAAUUAACACAUGAUUAUUGUAUUUCAUCUCAAUUGUAAUUAAGUCAUUGCCUCAACAGUAUAUGUAAAUAUAUCAGUGCUUCGUCUGUCAA